AUUCAUGUGAAUACCACCUGGCACGAGUUGCAUAGGUUUUUCAAAGAGUUUGGAGCAAGUCUGACCAAGCAUGGAAGAGUUGGCGAGAGAAAGCAUCAGCUUGCUGGCCAAGCCCGUGCUCGAUACAGACGGCCCAAGACUUGCAUAUAUGGGAGCAGUUUUCCUCAUGCUCAAAUCUGCGCUUGGUGCGGGACUUCUCAAUUUCCCUUGGGCUUACACUGCAGUCGCCGUGGAAAUGGUGUCCCCGGUGUUCCUCAUCAGUGGCCUGGUAAUCCUGGGCUACUCCUCCUCCAUCAGUGGUCAGAACACAUACCAAGCCGUGGUGAAGGAUGUGUGUGGGCCUGCGAUCGGGCAACUCUGUGAGGUCGUGUUCUUCAACCUCUUCAUGAUCUCUGUGGCUUUCCUGGUCAUAGUAACGGACCAGCUGGAGAAAUGUGAGUCAUUGUUUGUGUUGAUAACUGGAUUACAUGAAGCAGACAUGCCAUUCCACUGGUAAACAGACCCACAUUUUGUCCUCAUCCUCCUGUGUGUCUUCCUCAUCCUCCCUCUCUCCAUCCCUAAAGAGAUCAGUAUUCAGAAGUACAUCAGUAUUUUAGGUACUCUGGCCGCUACAUACCUAACAGUGUCCAUCGUUCUGAAAUAUCACACAAGAGAGGAACGUGAGGUGCACAUAUCCACCCUCUACAGUAGUGGAAUAAGCUCUAUGCCUUCGAUGUUCAGCGUUAUCCCGACCAUCUGCUUUGGCUUUCAGUGUCACGAGGCUUGCACAGCCAUCUACGCAACAUGCAGCAGCAUGGAGAACAAAAGCCUGUCCCACUGGGUGUUCAUCUCUGUGUUGUCUGUGUUCUUCUGCCUGGUCAUCUACUCCCUAACUUGGCUCAUCCUUUCAAUACUCUAUCUGAUAGCACCAAGUGAUUGUAGUGAACACAGCGACUAUACGACUGCACACUCUUAG